UAAGACAAGAAUACAUGUUCUGUGCCGUCACCUCCAGCAGUGCACGCCAGAGACGCAGGUGCCAGGGUCCCCCGAGGUCGUUCAGCUUCGGCUGGUAAAUCCGCCCUGCCCCACCACGCCCCACUUCCAGCAUCAAGGCGUCCUGACAGAGGUACGUUCGAGAAGAACUUGUACCUCCCCACGACGCCUUUGUUCAACAUCAAACCUUUCCGCUAGAGUUCAACACUCUAAGCCUUGUAUGGGGGGAUCAUACACAUAUGCAAACUCCUUUUGGCCGUUCUCAUACAUAUUCUCGCCUGCCUGCAACAGCCAGCGCGCGUUCAACAGCAUCUCCGGCCACCCCAGCAACGGCUGCAGCCCCGAAGCCAAACCUCGCAUAGCGCGGAAGCACGCACACCUUUUAAGCGCGACUUAAAUACCCGUCAACAUAACCCCUCCUGGUUUUGCGCAAUCUCAAUUGCUCUCUGGAGACGCGUCGUUCAACAUGACGGAUGUCGACAAGGUACCGAGGGCCGACAGUAGCCAGCUAAGAGAACGACCGACAACUAAGCCGAUGCGUAUGCACGACUCUGAUGCGGCGAAACAAAAAGUUCUUGAGCUUAAUGAGCAGGAAGAUGGCAAGGGCGAACGAGAAAAGAAGACAUACGGCCGGACACCAGAUGGUACAGUCUUCAUCGUGCCGCACACCCACGACAUGGUGUCGCAGCUGCUCUCGCCCUCGCAACCAAAGAACUUAUCCGAUCUAGCAGUGCUCGCGGUGCUUGCAAGCUUGAUCUCCACGCUCUACCUACUGCCCAAAAGCGCCCGCAUACCCGUCUUCGCUGUAAUCUUCCUGUUCUGGCGCGCCGGCUACAACGCAGGCAUAGGCUGGCUUCUCGAUGUGCAGUCCAAGCACAACCGUCUGGUUCUAUGGGCGAAGAACUCGCACAUCUUUGAGGACCCCAAGACGGGCAAGAAUCCACACCCAACGAUCUACAAGUUUCUCAAGAGGGAAAUGGAGACCAAGAUCCCCAGGGACUACAAGUUCGAAGAGGCUCCGUUGGAGUACAACACGUGGCUGGUCUUCAGGCGCGUCGUAGACCUGAUUCUGAUGUGUGACUUCGUAUCGUACUGUCUCUUCGCCAUUGCAUGUUUCCAUCGCCCAGAGGAGAGUUGGCUGCUCUUUGCCCUGCGAUGGACAACUGGCAUUGUCCUUUUCAUCUUCAACUUGUUUGUCAAGCUGGAUGCUCACCGAGUGGUGAAAGACUAUGCCUGGUACUGGGGAGACUUCUUCUACCUCAUCGAUCAGCGUCUGACGUUCGAUGGUGUCUUCGAAGCAGCGCCGCAUCCGAUGUACUCGAUUGGGUACGCCGGCUUCUAUGGCAUUGCUCUCAUGAUGGCAAGUUACAAGGUGCUCCUGAUUUCCAUUAUCGCGCACGCAGCGCAAUUUGCCUUCUUGAUCAAGGUUGAAGAGCCGCACAUUCAAAAGAUCUACAACCCAGCACCACCUCGCCGAACGCGCCAUAAUUCUGGAGACAUUACCCAAAAGCACCGUCCCACCUCCAGCCAGUCUGACAAUGUCGACACUGAAGCGCCCGCCGAUGAUGUCAAACAGCCUGCCCCAAUGCAUUACAUCGUCGGUCCACAGAACAUGGACUUCCAUCGCGCCAUCGACGUUACGGUAGUAAUCAUUUCUUUCUACAUGUUCUGCCUGGCGACACUGACACCAGACACCCGCCUGGUGCGGACCUUCUUCCUCGUCAAUGCGUUCUUCUGGCGCUUGUGGUAUGUCUUGGGUCUUGGCUAUAUCCUCGAUCGUCAGUCUAAGAAGAAGAACUGGACUCGUCACUUCAUCAAGUAUGGCGAUACUAAGGAGGAAGCGUGGCGCCAAUGGAAGUGCCUAUAUCAUCUUAGUAUGACGAUGAGCCACGCCAGCUUUCUCGCUGCAGCUUGGAAGAUGUACACACUCCCACCUGACUGGUUCUACGACCUCACAGCGUUCAGACUUGUUCUUGGUAUCGGUAUGAUCGCUCUGCAUCUGUGGACAGCUGCCAGCAUUUACGAUUCCUUGGGCGAGUUUGGUUGGUUCUGUGGCGACUUCUUCUUCGACCCACCACCAAAGAACCUUACCUACUCGGGUAUCUACCGCUUCCUCAACAGCCCUGAGCGUGUCCUUGGUAUGGCAGGCAUCUGGGGCAUCGCUGUCAUCACCUGGACUGCACCAAUCUUCUAUCUUGCAACGACGGCCCAAGUCUUGAAUUUGGUGUUCCUGCACUUCGUUGAGCGACCUCACAUGAACAAGCUCUACGGUCAGAAACUCCGCCAGACGUCUGGCGUCAGCAAGACUCUACGCCAAGCUCUUCCCAGUCCGGUUCGCAACUGGCAGUCGGCUGCCGAUGACUACAUCAAUUCCACAGUCGAGUUCAUCGAAGAAGUCCUUGAGAGUGCGAAGCCCAAACUCGCGGCUGGAGUCGGUACCUUCGUCAAAGACACCACAGCUUUGUUCAAGUCUUAUCCAGCUCGCAUCUCAAUCACACGUCUAUCACCAGAUCUUGCUGGCUAUGACCCUAAGCAGUACAAGCUUGAAGUUCAAGGCACACUCUCUGCACCUGCAGUCGAAUAUCAAAAGAAUGGCGGGCGUGAGGGCGAGAUGGCGAGGACGCCAGCAACACGUACAAGUGAAUUCAAAACCUUGGCUCUUGAGUAUGGCGCACCAAUCAAGGUUCGAUGGCAAGCUCCGCUCAACCACAGCAAGAAGGACUGGAUUGGGCUCUACAUGGUCGCCGACAACCAGUCUCGAGAGAUCACGCAGCUCAGCAGCAAUGGCCGCUGGAUUGCCACCAACAACGGCGUGUACGACUCAGUCCGUGCUGAGAAGGGUAUCUUAGUUUCGGACAAGCUUAUUCCAGCCUUAUCUGAUAGCGAGGAUGAUUUCGAUCACUACACUGGCGAGGUCGAGUUCCGUGGCGAUAAACUCUGGUGGACCACCGGUGUCUUCGAAUUCCGCUACCACCACGGCGGCAAACACAACGUCAUGGCGCUAUCUCAAGCCUUCGAAAUCCGUAUCCCAAGAUUCGACGAGGAUGAUGUUGAGGUCGACACCAACGGCACCGUUCAUCGUGCUGUCGAGCAGACUCUUCUCCCAGUCAUCCAAAACUGCUUCGACCGGGAUCCAGAAAUUGCUCCUGACACCCCCGAGGAGUCCUUCGGCAGCCUUGUCGAGAGAGACGGCAAAUUCGCUAAGAGGGUCGUCUUUGCGGUUCAUCAGAUGUUCGGCAUCGAGUUUGCACCUGAAGUCGUUCAGGCUGACGGCAACGUUCGGAACCUGGCAUGGCGUAUAUGCAAUGCAAAGAAGGUCCUGGCACCUUACAGCAUGACUGCAAGCCAUGGCAGGAACACACCGGAUGGUACGAAGUAUUGAUAUCAUCUGGCAGUACAGCCGUCACAUAACUAUCUGUUAUUCUGGCGAAGGAGGCACUCUUGUGCAUUUAGGUCAACGGAGUAGUGGCAUUCUUGUCGGUGGUUUAGUCAGCGUAAGGGGUGCAAAUACAGGCCGAGUUGGCGGAACAUGUAUAUGAUCAAUGAAGAUAAAAAUCAGCUC